GCGUAGACAUGCGCACUCGGCUGUGGCCGAUGUCCGCCAAAAUGGCGUAAAUUUUUAGCAUGAAAGAAAACAGAAAAGAAAGCUAUUUCAUCGGGUAAAUCGGAGAAUAUUUUCACGAAAUCGUAGUUAAAAAGCUUUGCGAUAGUAUGGCUGGAUUUGACGAAGCCGGGCUCACUGGUUCCAAGUAUAUACGCGAGAGCUUGGCUAACUGUAGUGAUGAGCCCACAUUGGCUAUAUUUUUAGAAUCUUUUCAGCAAGAUAACAGCAUUCUGUUGCCUUCCUUACAACAAGCUCUUCCACUAUUGGACCUUCACAACAUUCCUAGAUACGAGUUCCAUCAUACGGUCAUGGAGAAUCUUCGCGAGAAACUACAGUCUAGAUUUGAAGUUAUCGGAAACGAAAAACUGUUGUUGUUAUUGGAACAGGCCUUUUCUUUCAUAAAAGUUCCUUCGUUGAGACCAGUCGUCAUGGAUAUGCUGAGGAGAGUCACAACUGUACCGCCUAAGUUCAUCGAUGCGCUUGCAAAAGAUCCCGAAUUGUACAAUGAUUGUUCAAUGGAGGUGAAAAGACAAAUCUGGAUUCAGCAUCAACCGUUAUUUGGGGAUGCAGUUGGUCCCUUACUAAAUGAAUACUUGAAAGACAAAAACAGUGUAAUAUUUGAUACAGAAGACUUUGCAUGUCAUGAUUUUUUGACUAUACAACCGAAGGUUCGACGACAACACACUGUUGUUCAACGACUAUCGGUAAUGAUAGGGAAAUCCUUACAACUUUAUAACUUAGCAUUACAGUUUCUUCGAACUCUGUUUCUCCGAACAAAGGAGGCUCACUACUGCACUCUGCGAGCCGAACUUCUUAUGGCUAUCCACGAUUUGGAUGUGAAAGAGAUCAAGGAUGUUGAUCCAUGUCACAAGUUUAUAUGGAGUUUGGAUGCCUGUGUGAGAAGGCAAUUGAUUGACUCGAGCAAGAUUAAAGACUUGCGAGGUUACAUGAAGGCAGCCAAGACAAUUGAUGAACAAGUGUUAGGUGAUAUAGCCAUGGUUCUUUGUGAUCCUUUUGCUAUCAAUGUUGUUGGUAAAAGUAUCAUCAAAGUACUACAUCAUCUUACAACCAAUGAAGCUUUGCCUAGGACUAGUCAAGAUUUGACUUUUCUUUUGAGCCUCCUACAUUUGGGUUUAGGAGCAUGGAGAAUGAUCGAGAGUCAGGUUUUCAAAGAAAAUUUCCUGAGUAAUGAUCUUGUUGUAAGGUUUAUACCUGUUGUCAUGGCAUUGACGGUUGAAGAUUCAGUUCACUCCAUUGAACAAAAACUUCCAAACAAAAAUGACACAAAUUUCGAAAUCCAUCACUCAUUUGAGCAAUCGCUGUCCGAGUACAGUAUAUGCUUCACAAUUGCAUUUUAUCUUGCUUUGCACAUGGCAAAACAUAAAAAUCAACAUGCACUUAGAUUUCUCUUACCUCCAAUUGCUUCGUCAUAUGGUAAUCACAUCUUUCAUGAUGCUCAUCUCCACUCCUUGGUCACCGUAUGGGCUUCUUCUCCAGAUGAAUUUGCCAACAUGAAGUUCUGUGACAUGGUUUUUGACCACUUUCUUCUUGCAAUCUUAAGUGAAGGGGCUGCUCUCAAUCAAACUCUGCGACUUCUGAAUUUUGUAUACUUAAAAAUGGAGUAUAACAAAGUUGUGGCAAUAUUGACUGCUACCCAACCUUCACAUGAGAAUUCUGAGGAGAUUCACAGACUUCACAAGUCAAUUGUCGAUAAAUUGGCAGGAACCAAUUCUGGAUCACAGAGCUGGUCGUCACUUGAACAGCCUAUGUCAGCUUCUUCAUCAGGAAAUUCGGCAGCGUCAUCGCCAUUAAACUAUCUUCCGCCAUCGUCCGUAUAAUUAACAUUUUGAAGCAAUGAAACUUAAUCAUAAAAUAAAUGCAACAAAACUUACAUUUUGCUUUCAAUGUAAAAUAUUUUACUGUAAAACGUAUUAUGAAGUAAAUUAUAUUUGGCCUUAUAUUUCA